AUUUCAAUCUAACAAUUUCGUGAGAGAUAAGGUUUUUAUUUUGGAUUCGUCCUGAUUAUUUGUAAGGCUCUAAAAUACACAAGCAGCUCUCUCACAGACACUCUCCCCAUUUGCCCAUCCUUGGGUUUCUCUCUGUUUUCCCAUUCAGAGAGACUCAACACACAGCACCAGCACCAGCAGCAGAAGAAGAAGGGGUUCUCAGUUCUGCUCCUGCAACCAAAUUAAUCUUCUGCAAUUCAUAAAUUGAAAGGUAUUUUUAGGGUUUUUGAAUUUGUCGCCAUGACUGUUCUUCAAGCUUAUCUGCUAUGUAAACCCUCUUGUUAUUCAAUCUCAAAAUUACAAAUUUCUUCUGAUAAAACCCGUUUUAGUUCUUCUUCUUCUAUUGUAUCUUAUUCUUAUAUUAAACCAUUAUGGGUUGGGAGAUUAAGAUUAGGAUUAUUACAUAAAUCUCAAUUGAGUUCUUCUAUUAGGUAUAAUAAACCCUUGACUGUUACUUCCUGUGUAAUGUCAUCUGAUAACAAAAACCCCAUCUUGGAAUCAUCAAAUUCAGACCAAAGUUUGGAUAAAAAUCCAAUCUUUGAAUCAAAUUCAGACCAAAGUUUGGAUUUGGAAUCAAUUCCAGAUCUUUCUGAAGAGAAAUUUGAAGAUAAGAAGUUGAGUGAAGAAGAAGGAGAAGUUAGUAUUAGUUCUAAUUCUGCUGCUGCUGCUGCUGCUUCUACUCCUGUAGAUGUGAAUGAAAAUACAAAUAAUGUGGAAGAAGAAGUGAAAACUGAUAAGAUAUUACCAAUUCUAGUGUUUUUAAUGGGAGUAUUUGCUUCAGUUAAGAAAGGGUUUGAAAAGCUUAAAUUUUUGGAGUGGUUUGAAAAAUGGUGGCCAUUUUGGAGACAAGAAAAGAGAUUGGAGCGUUUGAUUGCGGAAGCUGAUGCUAAUCCAAAAGACCCGUUAAAGCAAAGUGCUUUACUUGCGGAGCUUAAUAAACAUAGUCCUGAAGGUGUCAUUAGGCGAUUUGAAGAAAGAGACCAUGCUGUAGAUAGUACAGGAGUUGUGGAGUAUCUUCGAGCACUCGUGGUUACUAAUGCCAUUAUGGAUUAUCUUCCUGAUGAAAAAUCUGGAAAGCCUGCUAGUCUUCCUUCAUUGUUGCAAGAGUUAAAGCAACGUGCAUCAGGGAACAUGGAUGAUCCAUUUCUAAGCCCAGGCAUAUCUGAUAAGCAACCAUUGCAUGUAGUAAUGGUUGACCCUAAGGCGUCAAGCAGAUCAACACGUUUUGCACAAGAGAUCAUCUCAACCAUCUUAUUUACAGUUGCUGUUGGCUUGAUGUGGGUAAUGGGUGCAGCUGCUCUUCAAAAGUACGUCGCAGGCCUAGGAGGUAUAGGUGCUUCUGGUGUUGGGUCCAGUUCUUCUUACGCCCCAAAAGAGUUAAGUCGAGAUGUUACACCAGAGAAGAAUGUAAAAACAUUCAAGGACGUAAAAGGUUGUGAUGAUGCAAAACAAGAACUUGAGGAAGUGGUGGAAUACCUCAAGAACCCAGGGAAGUUUACACGCCUUGGAGGAAAGCUUCCCAAGGGAAUCCUUUUGACAGGUGCUCCUGGGACGGGUAAGACUCUACUUGCCAAGGCUAUCGCAGGAGAAGCUGGAGUCCCUUUCUUCUACAGAGCAGGUUCAGAAUUUGAGGAAAUGUUUGUAGGUGUUGGUGCUCGUCGUGUUCGUGCAUUAUUCCAAGCUGCUAAGAAAAAGGCUCCGUGCAUCAUAUUCAUCGAUGAAAUAGAUGCAGUUGGGUCUACUCGUAAACAAUGGGAAGGCCAUACAAAGAAAACGUUGCAUCAGUUGUUGGUUGAAAUGGAUGGUUUUGAACAGAACGAGGGCAUAAUAUUGAUGGCAGCAACAAAUUUGCCCGAUAUUCUCGAUCCUGCUUUAACAAGACCUGGUAGAUUUGACAGACAUAUUGUCGUACCAAAUCCUGAUGUGCGAGGUCGUCAAGAAAUAUUGGAGCUCUAUUUACAGGACAAACCACUGGCUGAAGAUGUAAAUGUUAACGCAAUUGCACGUGGCACUCCUGGAUUCAAUGGAGCAGAUCUGGCGAAUCUUGUAAACAUUGCUGCCAUUAAGGCUGCUGUUGAUGGUGACGAGAAGCUGACUUCUACAAACUUGGAAUUCGCAAAAGACAGGAUAAUGAUGGGCACAGAGAGGAAAACAAUGUUUCUCUCUGAAGAAUCCAAGAAGCUUACUGCAUAUCAUGAAAGUGGCCAUGCGAUUGUUGCAUUCAAUACCGAGGGAGCACACCCAAUUCAUAAGGCUACCAUAACGCCUCGUGGUUCUGCCUUGGGUAUGGUUACACAGCUACCUUCAGAUGAUGAGACAUCAAUCAGCAAGAAGCAGUUGUUAGCUCGUCUAGAUGUUUGUAUGGGAGGAAGAGUGGCUGAGGAACUCAUCUUUGGUCAAGAUCAUGUAACCACUGGAGCAAGUAGUGAUCUUCAUACAGCUACCGAGCUUGCACAUUAUAUGGUAUCUACUUGUGGGAUGAGCGACGCCAUUGGGCCAGUUUAUAUGAAGGAUCGACUUGGAACAGAGAUGCAAUCACGCGUUGACGCUGAAGUGGUGAAGCUCUUACGAGAGGCUUAUGAUCGUGUUAAAACCUUGCUGAAGAAGCAUGAGAAGGCUUUACAUGUAUUGGCAAAUGCACUUCUCGAGUAUGAAACUCUUAAUUCAGAAGACAUUAAACAAGUUCUUCUUCCCUUUGGAGAAGGACGAUUCCCUAACCAACAACAGCAAGAACAAGAAAUAGAAGAAUUGGCGAUUGCAUAAAGGCAACAAGAAAUAGAAGAAUUGUCUUUGGCAUAAAAAGCUCCUCCCAGCCACGACUUCGUGCUCAAAUGAGACGGAAGCGUGUACAGUGUACCAAAAAAGGGUUCCAAAACCUCACAAAGUAAUUUAUUUGUAAAAAAUGUAACCCAAAACUUUUAUUAUUUUUUUUCUUUUCAUUUUUAAAAUUUUAGAUUUUUAGUGUUGUUAACAUUUUAAAGUUGAUAGUUAUAAAGUAGCAAGGAAAUUUAUGCUCC